UGUAGCAAUUAACGAAUUUCGAAACAACACAAGUUCAUUUCACUACAAGCGAACUUCUAGAAUGUUUCGCGUUGUUUUUUUCAGGUGAAUCGUGACAAUACGACAGCAUACUGGCGGGGCAUCAACAUCAAGACCAUUUGUGAUUUCGCCUGUGGGCCAAAAGACGAGGAAAUUCGUGUUUACAUCAACAAUAUAUUGGCGAGUGGUUUUAAGACCACUUCAGCUCAGAAAGGCUACUGUGUUUACCGUCUGUUUUGCUGAGUUGGACUACCUUUGUUAACGUAUAUAACAAGUAAGAAAGAUUUCAGGAAACUGAGCUUUUUGUGUGAAAAAUCGCGACGAUUCGAAGCGUUUAUUGUCUUCGACAAAAUUGUUAUAUUGACACUUCAUGGCAUUUUAAAGACAGCUAGUCUCCGAAAGUGAAACACCAAUUUCUUCAAAGUAUGAGCGUUGCUAGUGUUGUCACAGAGUUCGUGUCGGCUUUAAAAGGCCACAAAUGGCAAAUAUCGUGUCUGGAAUUUAAAUCUACCGACAGCACGGUUUAUUUAGCCUCUGGUUCUUGGGAUAAAACAGUCAGAGUUUGGGAUUUGAGCGAAUGUGAUGCGUGUACUAAACUGAAAGGCUUUCACGAUGGAGCUAUUACGAGUUUAGCGUGGUGCAAGAAAGCUAGCGAGUAUAACCUUCUAGCUACAACAUCUUGUGACAAAACAGCUUGCUUAUGGAACUGUAAAACAGGGAAAAAUUUAGCUCGACUUAGCCAACACGAAGGAUGGGUUCUUGACUGUUCAUUCUCGGCUGAUAGCCGCACGUUGGCGACUGCCAGCUGGGAUUCAAACAUUAAACUUUGGGAUGUCGAGACUAAGAAAUGCGUGAGAUCUUUGACAGACCAUGAAAGCGGCGUGUGGACGUGUAAAUAUCAUGUUGAAAACCCAAAUAUUGUUUGCUCCGGCUCUGAAGACGGUUCGCUGAGAGUGUGGGAUGCCAGGGCGACAACUUCGAAAUACUUCGGUGGCCACGACGACAGCAUAAGAGCAUGUUCUUGGUCUAGAAAUGGUGGCGAAUAUUUGGUAUCGGGCUCAGCAGAUUCUACGGUCAUAUUGUGGGAUUUUCGUCAAAAUGUUGCCCUCACAAAAUGCCGUGGCCAUGAAGCCCCUGUAUCCGAUGUCAAAUUUUAUCCGGUGGUUGGCAAGAAGAGAUACCCUCUGUUGCUAUCCAGUGGUGAUUAUUCUGUCAGAAUGUGGCAUCCGCUAGCUAGUUCAAAAGAGUUACUGAAACUUAAACAACAUAACUUUGGAGCAGAGGUGGAAGCAAUAGCAAUUUCAGAUGAUGGCACGCUCCUGGCGUCUGGUGGUUUGGACAACCAGAUCAUCCUCACAGCUAUGGCGGUACCUGUUGAUAAGCUAGAAGAUAUGCCUGUUGACUUGUCUGAUGAACCCUGGACAAAGGCAAAAGAGAGAAAAACAUCUGACAGUUUGGACGAAUGUGAUGGUCUGCCACAUCGCGAUAAGAACCUCGAGAAACUUUUUGAUGAAAUUCAUCACAGAAAGGAACACAUCAUUGUCCCUCCUGUCUCUUCGGCUGCAAGCCUUCUCGAGGGCGCGCUGGAAAGGAAAGACAGCAAAAAUCAAUCAAACAGCUCCUCUUCCAACGAGCAUACGACGAAAAAAGGCGUUAAAUGCAAAAGGAAAGGGCCAAAAAGACAACGACCGCGAUCUUUUGUACAAGUGAACGGCAAUUCCCACGCGAAUUCAUCGUUAAAUGCAGAACUGUCAAAGAAAUUAGCCACGUUGAGACACACACGCUCAGAUUCCGAUCCGAUUUCAAUGAAAAUAGCAAACGGGAAUAAAGAACUGAGGUCAAGAAAAAGCAGCCAUUUUGACAGAGAGAGAGACGACAUGGACGCCAUUAGCGCAGAGAUGAUGAAUCUCGCCAGGGAACUUGAAACUACGACGAAAAACGAAACGACUUUGUAAAUAUGAUUGCAAACCUCCCCAUCAAAUUUCUCACCAAAGUUUAUAGCGACAUUUAGCACAUUCGAGACAUAUUGUCUUGAAAAAGCGAAACUAGUUUAUAAAUGUUAUCAUCGCGUAUCUAAAUUUGUCUGUCAUCUAAUUUUUAUCAAAUUUCAUCCAAAUUUUAACGAGUUCCCUUGUUCUGUUGUGAACUUUUUGACUGUUCUUUCAUUUCCCAACAAAUACAAUCCAAACCUGUUCAGUUUCGCUGACAGGCCAUUUUGUCAGCUAUUUUGUCAACAAAUAAAUUCAAGUUUCAUAUACUAAUUAUCAUUAUGAAUAAACUUUUCAGAUGUGUUUAA